AUGGUGCACCGUUAUACCAGCCCUUGGCGAUCCAUGGGACUGCGUUAUUGUAGCCCUGGAGAACGCAAAUGUGCCCCCUAUAUACCACCCCUAAUCGCAAUUGAUGCCAUUCGCAUUCCAGGUGAUGCUAUUAGCAUCCCAGGUGAUGUUGCUUGCAUCUCAGCUGAUGCUACUAGCAUCCCAGGUGGUGCUAGUAGCAACCCGGGUACUGCUAGUAGCAUCCCAGGGACGGCUACUGGCAUCGCAGGUAAUGCUAAGAGCAUCCCAGAUAAUGCUACUAGCGUUCCAGGCAAUGCUCCUAGCAUCCCAGGUAACACUCCUAGCAUCCCAGGUAAUGCUACUAGCAUCCCAAGUGACGCUAGUAGCGUAGCAAGAUAG